AUGAUGUACAUAAUGCCAGCAUCUCUUGCUGGUGGCCUCUCACAACUUGAGAUUCUCGAGAUUGAAUUAGCUUCUUCAUUGGAAUAUGUAUUUGGUGAAGACAAUAAUGACAUAAUUCAAAAUCUGAAACAAAGCAUUGAUCUGCCAGUUCUGAAAGCUUUUAAGCUCACCAAUUUGCCAAAUAUAAUUAGCAUUACCCCAGAAAAUUAUGAUGUCAAUUGGCCAUCCUUGGAUGGCCCACAAAUAAGGGGAUGUCCAAAGUUGAUUGGCAUGGCUAAUUUAGAUCCAGAAGAGAGACAACAAGGUGAUGACAAAGCUACAAAGCAGGACUUGGAAAUUCAAAUGAUCGAAGAUGUCAUUAGUACAAAAUCAAAUUCAAAGCUAGAGGAUUUGCCUCAAGAAGACAAAAGCCAUGGAGAUGAACAAGAAGCUAUAGAAAAAGUGGAAGAAGAACGUCACAAUGAUAUAGAAGCUGAAGAUAAGAAUGAAAAGGAAGCUGAACAACACAAGGAAGAAAAAUAUGCCAUACCAGAGGACAAGAGUGAUAUAAUUGGACAGAGUGACGCAAGCUGUGUGGAAAGCAGACAACUUGAUGAGUUGGCAACUAAUGCACAGGGUAGAUCAAGAAUAGUGAAGGGAAGCCUUCAUAAAGAUCCCAAAGCAGAAGAAUCAAAAGCGGGAACUUCAUCAAUGGAGUUGAUUGAGAAUCAAUCAAAGGUUGAACUUGACCUGCCACUUGUUGUGGAGAACCCACAGCAAGCUCUUGAAGAAAUCAAAGAUUCACACGAAGUUCAAGCAGCUGUAGAGGUUCAUCCUCAAUCACAAAAAAUUGAUGUAAUUGAUGACACUCAAGAAGGCCCUCAAGAGAAGAACUUAAAUCCUGAUGGUUCAAUGAACUUGAGAGAGAUUAACACCGACAUAGCAACAGUAAGUCUCCGUAAAGAUCCUGUUUCAGAAGAAUCAACAGUGAAAACUUUAUCACCGGUGUUGAUUGACAAACAACCACAAGCUGUGAUGGACCCACAACAAGAUUACAGAGCUCGUCACCAAGAAGUGCUUCCUGAAGAUUCACACAAUGAGGUUCAAGGAGCUUCUGAGUUUCAACUACAUUCACAAAAAAUUGAUGCAAUUGCUGACCCUCCAAAAAGCCUUCAAGAGAAGCACCUUUUUACAGUUGGUUCAAUGAACUCAAGAGAGAGGAACACAGAAAUUGUCAAGGAAAGUCUUCAUAGAGAUCCUGCACUAGAAGAAACAACAGUGGGAUCUUCAUCACUGGAGUUGAUUGAGAAACAACCAAAGGUCAAACUUCAACUAUCACAAUUUGUGGUGGACCCUCAAGAACCUCUUGAGGAAUACAAAGUGCUUUCGCCAAUUACCGGUAUCGCAGAAGGAACAACUUCAUCUUCAAGAAAUCAACAACUAUCACCAAAAGAGUUGGUUGAUUUUCAUGGUCUCUUUAAGAUUAAGGCAAGACGGGCUCAAUUGCUAGAAGAGGCAUUUGACAAAUAUCCUCGUUUAUGGCAGUGGAUGUUCUCACAAAAGACACCCAGAUUCUGCAAAUGGGGGUACAAAACCUUAGCUGACAUGUUAGAGUUUUUAACAUCAGAACCACCAAAUGCAAUAAUGGAUGGUUUAAAGAGGAAGAAAUAUGAAGAUCUAUGUCUUGAAUUGGAAUCUUUUGGCUUUGACAAGGACUGGUUGGCAUCUAUUCGUCAAAGAGUGAUGGAUAUGCAAGUUGAUCGUGAUGAAAAGAUGAAGCAAUUAGUUGAAUUGGAAUAUCAAGUCAGCACCUUAAAAGAUCAGCUUAAUGUUGCUAGAGCUAGAAUGGACAGCAUAAAGGAUGAUCUAUCUAAGCUUGAUGUAAUUGGCUUUUAAGUUUGGUCAGUAUUGAGACACUUACGUAACUCUUGUGAGGUCACCAUAUUUAUCUGAACUUCAAUGUGGCAAGUUUUUUCUCAUGUUUUUUUACUGUUCACACCUCCUUUCCUCUGCACAAAGGCAUUACGGGAAGAUUUUCUUGUUCACUUAAUCA